GUUGUAAAGUCCGAACAGAGACGCAGGACAGGAAAGAGCUCUGGACAACUUCAGAGUUUGACAGUUCGGGUUCCAGCCGAUCAGGACCGGAGGAGGUCUGAUCCCCGGCCCGGACCAUGCCGGUGAGACGGGGCCAUGUGGCGCCCCAGAACACUUUCCUGGACAUCAUCAUCCGCAAAUUCGAGGGACAGAAUCGAAGGUUUAUCAUCGCCAAUGCACAGGUAGAGAACUGUGCCAUCAUCUUCUGUAAUGACGCCUUCUGUGGGAUGUGUGGUUACACCCGGGCUGAGGUCAUGCAGAAGCCCUGCACCUGUAGCUUCCUGUAUGGACCUCACACCAAGAGACCGGCAGUGGCCCAGAUGGCUAAAGCGCUGCUGGGAGCUGAGGAGAGGAAGGUGGAGAUUUCCCUCUACACUAAAGAUGGUAUGAUCCUGUCAAUAUUAAUUUUUAUAGAUUCAGUCAUCAUAUGUAGAGAUUAUUUUUAGUGUCAAACUUAGACUGCUGACUGAAGUGACAUCCUUUCAGUUUAUUAGACUUAGCACAGCUCCCUCUGGAGAGACUAAAGGCUGCAGACUACUUUUUCACAACACCUGGAGACACACUUUGAUGUGUAACAUCGGUGACGUUUCUCCAGUAAAAGCAGCUGGUGUGGCAUUACAUUUCAAGUGUAAAAAGGACAACAGUUUUGUUUUUUUUGUGAGAGAGAUUGAGAAUGAGUGUUUCUGCCUGUCCUGUCAUUCAAUUCAAACACCUGUAAUGUCCCUGUUAGGACAUGGUUUUUGAAAGAAAACCACUCUUGGAGGAGCACCUUGUAGUGGCAAAAAUCGUUAUAAGGAGGAAAGAUCACUGAGUCGUUGGAGUAUAAGCCAAAAAGGUUUAU